AUGGGUGCCGACGAGGAUCUGUGCGGCACGCAUCCAUGGGGACCCUGGGAGGACGGCAACCUCACGUUGUGCUUCCAAGACGUGGUGCUGGGUGGCGUGUUCUUUGCGUUCAUCGCUCUGUUCGGGUCCUACCGCCUGAUCGAGAUACGCCGCUCCUUCCCGCUGCGGUUCGACCUGCCCACGACGUGGGUCUUUGUCGCCAAGUUCCUCGUGUGCCUUGCCGUGGCGGGAAUCGCUGUCUCGCGCACCUUCAUCACUCUCUUUAUCGACUCUGCGGAACCCUAUGAGCUCCUUUCGGAUGGCAUGAUCGCUGCCGGCUGGAUCUACGCCUCGGCGAUCUACAUGGUCGAGUACUCGCGCGGAUUGCCCAACAACUGGGUGCUGCGUGGGUGGUGGCUGCUGGCCUUCAUCUUCGGCGCUGUUCGCCUGCAGACCGUGGUGGUGCUCAUCGAAGACUAUGGCUGGGAGUGGGACUACAAUGUGUUCUUCGUCGACUUUGGCCUCUACACGGUCAUUUCCAUCCUCGGUCUCUGGUUCCAUGAGGUGCCCGUUACGGCUCAGUUCGAGCGACUGUCCCAGGACGAGGCUGAAAAGUUGCCGCUGGCCUACAAGUCCCUGCUUCACAAAGGCGAAGAGAGGUUCAUUGACGGCGGAGGCCCGUGCCCCGAGGACUCUGCCAACAUAUUGUCGCGCUUCACGUUCUGGUGGUUCGACGAUCUCCUCUAUUUCGGGUUUGAUCAUGCGCUCGCCAUGGAAGAUCUUCACGAGCUGUGCAAGCAGGACCAGUCCCCCGUCAUCGCCGCGGCCUACGAGGCUGCGUGGGACAAACAGCUGCAGCGGCAGAAGCCUUCGUUGGCUCGUGCCCUGUUCGCCUCAUUUGGGUGGCAGUUCGCCUUCGCCGGAGUCUACAAGCUCAUCAACGAUGUCGCCGUCUUUGGUGGCCCUCUCCUGCUCAGCGCAAUCGUCGCCUUUAUUCAGGACAACGAGGACCCCAUGUGGUACGGCUUGCUGCUGGCCGCGCUCAUGCUACUCAGCUCCGCCGUCCAGUCGAUCGCCUCGCAUCAAUACUUUCAUAUUGGCUUCCGCGUGGGCAUGAAGAUCCGUGCUGCGCUUGUGAUGGCCGUCUACAGGAAGGCGUUCAAGAUGAGCGGAGCCGCCAGGCAGCAGUCCACCGUCGGCGAGAUCGUCAACCAUAUGUCCCUCGAUGCGCAGAGAUUGAUGGACCUCGUCCCGUACCUGCACAUGGUGUGGAGCGCCCUCUUCCAGAUCGGCGUGUCGCUCGGCCUCCUGUGGCGCGUCGUCGGUGUCUCCACUCUCGGCGGUCUUGCGGUGAUGAUCCUUUUGAUUCCGGUGAACGCCGUCCUGGCGCGGUGGCUCGGCAGCAUCCAGAAGGAGAUGAUGAAGCACAAGGACGCGCGAAACAAGAUUGUGAACGAGGUCCUGCAGGGCAUCCGCGUCAUCAAGUUCUUCGCCUGCAUCAGCGAAAGACUCAACGCAUCGUUGCGCAGGGAGGACAGCUUCCGCGAGAAGGUGGGAGGCGUGCGAAAUGCCGAGAUGGCCACUCUGCGCAAGAGUGCCUACCUUCGGGCGGUGAGCAGCUUCUUUUGGACUGUGACGCCGCUGCUCGUGUCGGUCGUGACCUUCACCAUGUACUCUCUGCUCGACAACACCUUGGACGCAGCGACGGCGUUCACGGCCCUGUCGCUCUUCAACGUAAUCUCCUCCCUCGUGGAGGCCAACGUGUCCGUCAAGCGCAUGCAGAAGUACCUCCUCGCCGAAGAGGUCGACCCCUUCGCCGUCGAGCGGAAGCCGCGAUCGGAAGACGCGCAGGCCACCAGGGAGUAUACGAAGAAGAGCAAGAGGAAGAGCAGAAAGAGCGCGAGGUCCGGCGACGCCCCCGUGGCGAUCGAGAUCCGCGACGGCGAGUUCCAGUGGGACCAGAAGACUGCCGAGCCCACGCUCAAGGACAUCAACAUCACCAUCCGCGAGGGCGAGCUUGUGGCCGUGGUUGGUGCGGUGGGCAGCGGCAAGUCGUCGCUCUUGGCCGCGCUCCUGGGCGACAUCAAGAAGAACAGAGGAAAGGUGACUGUGCGCGGCGAUGUGGCGCUCGUCACACAGCAGGCCUGGAUUCAAAACGCCACACUCAAGGACAACAUUCUCUACGGCUCCGAAUACGACCACGAGAGGUACGAAGAAGUCGUGCGCUGCUGUGAGCUUGCCCCCGACAUUGCCAUGCUGCCUGCCGGCGACAUGACCGAGAUCGGCGAGAAGGGCAUCAACUUGUCCGGCGGCCAGAAGCAGCGUGUUUCUAUCGCUCGUGCCGUUUACGCCAAUCGCGACGUUUACCUCCUCGACGACCCGCUUUCGGCCGUGGACGAGCAUGUCGGCAAGGCCAUAUUCGACAACUGUGUGGCGGGCGAGCUGGAUGGCAAGACCCGCGUGCUGGUGACGCACCAGCUGCAGUUCCUCCAUCAGGCCGACCAGAUCAUUGUGCUCAAGGACGGCAGGAUCGCCGAGAUGGGGUCGUAUGCGGAUCUGAUGCAAGACGGCAAGGAAUUUGCGUCGCUCAUCAAGACGCACGUCAAGGACUCCAAGGCCAAGGACAACGCCGAAGAAGAGGAAGCCGACGAGGAAGAAGAAGCCACCGGCAAAGACAAGAAGUACCACACUCCUCCACACUCCUCUCCACAAACCCACAAACUCGACGACGAUGAUGAGGAUGAUGAUGAUGACGACGAUGAUGGUGACUCUCACCUCCAUUUGUUUGACAGGGCCAAGGGCGAAGACAAGGAAAAGGAGGAGAAGAAGAAGGACAAGAUGAUGUCCGUCGAGGAGCGCGAGGAGGGAUCCGUCUCGUGGCGGGUCUACUGGGAGUACAUCGUCGCCCUGGGCGGCAUCGUGCUGGUGUCUCUCAUCUUGGCCGCCUACAUCAGCGACCAGGGCUCCUCGAUCAUGUCCAACUGGUGGCUGUCGUAUUGGUCGGACAACGAAUCGAAGAACAGCGUGUGGUUCUAUCUGGGGAUCUACGCCGCCAUCGGCGGUGGCAACACCCUCUUCGUGCUCAUCAGGUCCAUUCUGUUCGCCUACGGCGGCCUCAACUCGGCCAAGAGCCUGCACGAGAAGCUGCUUCACAGGAUCCUGCGCGCGCCGAUGGCGUUCUUCGACACGACGCCCGUAGGUCGAAUCCUGAACCGCUUCUCCAAGGACAUCUACGUCAUCGACGAAAUGUUGCCGCGCACCAUGGGCGUGGGUAUCAUGGUGGUCAUCGCCAUGGUCACGCCCUUCUUCCUCUGCGCCUUCAUUCCGCUGGGCUUCGUCUACCACUACAUGCAGCAGUACUACAUUCGGUCUUCGCGCGAGUUGAAGCGCUUGGACAGCAUCUCGCGUUCGCCCAUCUACGCGCACUUCUCCGAGACCCUGGCGGGCAUCUCGACCAUCCGCUCCUACGACCAGGAGGAGCGCUUCGUCACCGAGAACCAAAGAAAGCUCGACGAGAACCAAAAGGCCUACUUCGCAUCGGUGGUGGCCAACCGAUGGCUCGGCAUCCGCGUUGAAUUCAUUGGCACGUGCGUGGUGUCCCUGGCUGCGCUGUUCGCGGUGCUGGAGCGGGACAACAUCGACCCGGGUAUGGCCGGUCUCUCGCUCACCUACGCCCUCAACAUCACCGGCGUGCUCAACUGGGUGGUGCGAAUGUCGACCGAGGCGGAGACGCAGCUGGUGAGCGUGGAGCGUGUGAUCCAGUACAUGAAGGUCGAGACCGAGGCGCCGGCCGUGGUCCUCGAGACCCUGCCUCCGCGCUCGUGGCCCGAAAAGGGCGCCAUCGACUUCAAAAAUGUCAAGCUCCGCUAUCGACCUGAGCUGGACCUGGUGCUAAAGGGAAUCAACGUCAGCAUCAAGCCCAAGGAAAAGGUGGGCGUCGUCGGCCGAACGGGCGCUGGCAAGAGGCACACCACUUCCCCCUCUAACCCCCCUUCCCUUAUGUUGGCUCUGUUCCGAUUGGUCGAAGCCGCAGAAGGCGUGGUGGAGAUCGAUGGCGUCAACAUCGCCACCCUCGGUCUCGACACCCUCCGGUCCCGUCUGUCCAUCAUCCCUCAGGACCCGACGCUCUUCACGGGCACGAUCCGAAGCAACCUCGACCCGUUCGAGAAGUACACGGACGAGGAGAUCUGGUACGCCCUCGAGAAGGUCCACCUGAAAGAGGCCGUACAGGCCAUGGGCGGCAUCGACUCCGCCGUGUCCGAGUUUGGCGAGAAUUUGAGCGUGGGCCAGCGCCAGUUGAUGUGCCUGGGCCGUGCGCUGCUGCGAAGGGCCAAGAUCCUGGUCAUGGACGAGGCCACUGCUGCUGUGGACUACGAGACGGAUCGGCUCAUUCAGGAGACUAUCCGGGAGGAGUUCGUCGAUGUGACCGUGCUCACCAUCGCCCACCGCAUUCAGACCAUCAUCGACUACGAUCGAGUCCUCGUGCUCGACAAGGGCCUGGUGGUCGAGUUCGAGAACCCGACGCAGCUGCUCCAGAACCCGGGUUCCGUGUUCUACUCGAUGGUUCACGCUUCGGGCACCACCGAGCACUGA